GACCCCCCCCCCUGCACGGAGAGCGCGCACGGCAGCUUAGUGUCCAUAGGGCGGGAGCGCGCGGCUCCGGCCUGUCUACUGCCGCUGCUUCUGCUAGCGGUGAUCGGGUGAAGAUGGCGCCGGGCGGAUUGAAAUCCUAAUGACAGUCUCCAGGAUCGCUUCUAUCUGUACCAUGGGCGCCAAUGCCUCGGCUUUAGAGAAAGAGAUUGGGCCGGAACAAUUUCCAGUAAAUGAGCACUAUUUCGGAUUAGUAAAUUUUGGGAACACCUGCUACUGCAAUUCCGUUCUCCAAGCACUUUAUUUCUGUCGGCCGUUUCGGGAAAAGGUUCUCGCUUACAAAAGCCAACCUAGGAAGAAAGAGAAUCUCCUCACUUGCUUGUCAGAUCUGUUCCACAGUAUAGCCACACAGAAGAAAAAGGUUGGCGUAAUCCCUCCGAAGAAAUUCAUCACCAGGCUACGGAAAGAAAAUGAGCUAUUUGACAACUACAUGCAACAGGACGCUCAUGAAUUCCUAAACUAUCUACUAAACACAAUAGCCGAUAUUUUGCAAGAGGAGCGAAAGCAAGAGAAGCAGAAUGGAAGAAUACCUAAUGGUAACAUUGACAACGAGAACAACAAUAACACACCGGAUCCCACUUGGGUCCAUGAGAUCUUUCAGGGAACUCUGACCAACGAAACCCGGUGUCUCACGUGUGAAACGAUAAGCAGCAAAGAUGAGGACUUUUUAGAUCUUUCUGUGGAUGUGGAGCAGAACACAUCAAUCACUCAUUGUUUAAGGGGUUUUAGUAAUACGGAAACACUUUGUAGUGAAUAUAAAUAUUACUGUGAAGAGUGUCGCAGUAAACAGGAAGCGCACAAAAGGAUGAAGGUAAAAAAGCUGCCUAUGAUUUUAGCCCUCCACCUAAAGAGGUUCAAGUACAUGGAUCAAUUACAUCGAUAUACAAAGCUCUCCUACAGAGUAGUCUUUCCUUUAGAGCUUCGGCUGUUUAACACAUCAGGAGAUGCCACCAACCCAGACAGAAUGUAUGACCUUGUAGCUGUGGUUGUGCACUGCGGAAGUGGUCCAAAUAGAGGACAUUAUAUUGCAAUAGUGAAGAGUCAUGACUUUUGGCUGCUGUUCGAUGAUGAUAUUGUAGAGAAAAUAGAUGCACAAGCUAUAGAGGAAUUCUACGGGUUGACAUCUGACAUCUCAAAGAACUCUGAAUCGGGAUACAUUCUCUUCUACCAGUCUCGAGACUGAAUGAGAACCUUCUGCCUCAUCUUCUGCUAAUGUUAACUCGAAAAAGAAUUUAGCACUGAAAAAAAUAUAUAAGUAUAUAUAGGAAAACAUAGGCAAAAAAAAAAAUAUAUAAAAUAAUAAAAAAAGAGGACAGCAAGGAGCUCAGGGGGCAUUAGCGUAGUUUGCACACGCUGAAGCAAAGAACAUGGAUAAAUAGGACAAAGAAAUUCAUAUCAUGAAAACUGAUUUAUUUGCUCAGGUAUCCGUUUCAUCAGUGCUCCUAAGCAAGACCAGGAAUGGCCAUUUCCUUUGGUGGAUCCAACUUCCAGAAAAAGAAAAAAAGCGCGGUCCUGUUUUCUUUCUUUGCCAGCAAAGACAAAAACAUGGCAGCCAAAAUAAAGAACGCAUGCCUACAUGCUUAAUUCUGACCAGUCUACGAAGCAAGUGGCAGAGACACCCUUUCUCAAAUGCUAAUAACUGAGCUAACUUCAGAGGAGGAAAAAAAAAGGAAUCGAUAUUUGCGCCCAGCAACCGUAUUUGCCUUUCCUAAGGAGGACAAGGAGAAUUGUAUAAUGCAUUAAACACAUAGAAGUUGCGCAGUGUCUGUCUGAUUGUGCAAUGAGGCUUGCAGUGGAGUGAUGUGUCACAAGGUUGGGAACAAAGAGUCUAGAUGAUCGUAUUUUACGCCCCUGUUAUUUGAGGGGUGCCGUUAGUUAAACUGUCUGACCUUCUAUUUAUUUGAACUUGUAAAGGAUACUGUUCUUUUUUUUCUGCUCAAUUCCUUUCCCAGAUAUCAAACAUUUCUUUAGCAAAAGUAUACUAUUCACUAAAUUAAUUUAAAAUUGUCAUGUAUUUUAUUUUGUAGAAGAAUUAACUUAUUGGUCAGAAAACGCUGUUUAGAAGAGCAUAGUCGAUGGAACCUGAAAUUGUUGUACAGUGUAAAACACAUAGAUGUGUGUAACGACAGUAACCUUUAAAACAACCCAUGUGUUGAUGCUGUUUCCAGCUCGGCAAAAGCAUUGCUCUCCAACUAACUCAGAGGUUAUGUCGACUCAAAGCUGAGCCCAAUGGCGGGUUCCCUGCUAAGGUGAGCAAAGUAGUUCUACUUUAUUUUAAUGGUGGUGCUGUUGCUUUUGUGGGGGUGGGGGUUUUGUGCUCGCUAAACUAAAACAAAAACAGCUCUACAACAAUGCUGCAGGAUACAACAAAUUCAUCUUCUUCCAAAGUAGAGUUCAGAACCAUCCUUUGUAAUGUGAACAUUACUCAGAUGUUGGUUCAUCGCCAUUGUAAACAGCAAGGAAAGCCUUCUUUGUAUAUACAUUUGAGUUAAGGUUACCAAUCGCUUUAACUUGAACCUUUUUGUUCCUCGAACCUUGCAGGUGUAACACUGACGGAUUGACAUAUGUUCUUCUGAGUGUGUCACGCGAUUAAUGUUGGAAUAUCAUUGCAAAUAGUGUUUUGCAAUAUUUCCUUUAUACCAUUAGAACCUAAGCCUUUUUCAAAAGACUUUCCACGCCCAUACUGCGUAACCUUUUUUUUUUUUUUCAAUAGAUAAAGAUGUGCUUCUGUAAAUGAUAUAAAUGUUAUAGGUGGUGUUAUCUGUCAUAGUGGCACCAAUUCAUAAUUAUAAUGCUAAGUUGUAUGGGUUCUCUCAUGAUUGACACUUGUUACUUCAUCUACCCCGACUGUCAGACAGUGGUUGAAUGUAAAUGCCUGGCAGAUGAAUGAAUGUGUAUCUCAAAUACAGUGUAGCAGUCGUAGAUAUCCUGGGGCCUCUUAUUCUUUUUGACCUAAUGAGUGAGUUUCAGAAAUCAUUUUUUUACAUGACUAUUUGUAAUGAAUGUUGGUAUGAGCGUAUUAGCAGCACUUGUCAUAAAUUACAUUCAAGGGGUGGGGGGUCUUUUUUUCCCAUCUAAAUCAUUGUGCAGUUUUGUGGUCUUUUUAUGGACUUAGUAAGGUUUUAUCAAGGGACAGUGGAGCUACUUGAUGGUAGCUUGGUUCAGACAUUGACCUUCAACCUGUAGCUUUCCAUCUUUUUUAGAAGUAUAAAAGGUCCUCCAGACCAAGUUGCCCUCACAAUAGCCUGUCUGACAAUUAUCGAAGGCAGGUUAGAAAUAUGGACAAGGAGAGCAUUGACAUUGAUGUGGUCUUCUCAUGGUAAAUCUUCCUUGGCUCCUAUUAUAAUUCAAUCUUUGGCACAGGACCAAUUGCAUUUUAUUGUUAUUAUUAUUGCAGCAUCCCAAUUUGGCGCAGUCAGGCAAAGAUCUGCUCGUUUGGUGACCACCAGUUGAGUUGACCUGGAUGUUGUUUGGAUGAUGUUUGUAGUUUAGCCACAGGUUCAAGAUCACUUGCCUAAACCAAGGUCUAGUUUCCAAUGCUGCUGGAGACUGUAUGCCUUUUGCAAACUGUUUAAAAGAAAAAAGGAUUGAAGUACCUGUAGUUUCAUGUAGUACACUAUACUGUAAUGCAGUGCUAACAACAGAUUUGUUGAUUUACAGAAAAGUCAUGUUCGGCUAGUCAUAGUUCCAUGCUCUACUCAUAGAAAAUUCAUAUUGACUAAAGAACCAUCUUGUUUUGGAUCUCUCCAGGCCUUGGAGCUGCAGCAACAGGUUCUGCUGCAGCUCCAACUUCUGAGAAAAACACCAUCUUUGACUCACUAAGGAGCAGCCAUCAUGUCUCAAGGGUGUCCAUCAGUAACACUUAACUUGCCAUUGAUCAUCCUUUUGUAUUUUUAUAGUCCCCAAACCCUCUACACCAUCAUCAGCUUUUUUUUCCUUGCACAUCAGUGAUGGGGUAGAGAGGCAGUUUCAUUUUUCAAUAUAAAUACAAGGAAUAAAAAGGUUUCUUGGGAAUUGCAAUGUACCUUUUAAUCCCUGUGGGAACAGGUGUAAAUACACUUACUCGUACUCUCCAAUUGCAUUAUUUAUUGCUCCAGUUAUCAGUAGUAAUGGGUCACUUUUAAAGGGUAAAUAUUUUAUCAAAAUAAAGCCUCUACUAGGCAAAGCAGAUUCCCCUCGCUAGAGUAGGUCCAUGGUUGGCAAAAGGCUGUUUUACACGUGUUGUCAUGUGGACACGGGCCACCUUAAAACAUUGUUUUGUUGCCUUUUAAGCAUUAUUUCUUCAUGUAGUAGGAUAUAUAUAUAUUAAACAAGGAGGUGACACUAGGAGCUGGAAUUCCUAUUGGUAGCUGAUUACCCAGUGUGUCACCUGCAGGAGGACAUCAACAUACAGGAAGUGACAGGGACUAAAACUCCCAGACUUCCUUUAAGAUGCAAUAUUUUUUCCAAAGGCCAAUUUGCAAUGCGAUCUUCCGCAUUUGUACCUAAUUUGAACACUUCGUAUCUGACCAGAUAUGCCGGAUAGGCGUAUACGUUUUGUCUCGGGGGCAUGUCAUUUGACAGAAAAAAAUUGCCUUCUAUGAAGAACCCUUGAUCAUAGAUAGUUCUCAUUAACCCCUAAAAACCUUUACACAUAGAUUUAUGAAUAUUACUAUUUAUAUGGCCACUUGACCUCCAUGUUUUUCUGAUGAAUUCUGCUUAGAGCAUGGGAAUAUAUCUGCUGGCAUAAUUCUCUGGUGCAGUUUUCGGGACACCGAGGUACUGGUACUUAUUUCUACUGAGGGACAUCAGCAGCUCUUCGUUUGGUAUGAUAUCUGUGUCAUCUGGAAAUGUAGGAGUUGUGCUUUUAAAUAGAACAAGUACGUGAGGCCAGAUCCCUAAAGAUCACCCCAAGUGGCUCAAAUGUCAGUCGACUGAAAACACAAGCAAUUAGCGUUUUGAAAUGCAGACUUCCAUGCUUUAGUGCUUUCAGGUGAUGGACAUAGAUGUCAAUAGAAGCGAUUUGAAGUAACCUUUUGGCUACUUAAAAGUACCACAAACAUUUUUUGUUGACAGGAUAACCGUUAGCUCAGUGGGUUGGGGGGCAAAAAAAACACUUUUGUAUGGGGGUCACUUACAGGCAUGGGUGCCUUUGAGGAAAGUACGACUGCCAUACAAGUGAAUUAGCUUUUUGCAAGGGGCAAAAAGCUAAAACUAUGUACAGUUGUUGCCCUAUGUAUAGCAUAAUGGCUAUAGUGAUAUCCAAACGUGUGACUGCUUAAAACGAGAGGAAGAUAUUGAAGGAUUGCAGUGACUUUUAUUAGCACGGCAUUAAUAGAUCACACAAAAAAAUUAAAUAUCUAGUAUAGGUCAAUCUAAAAACAACUGGACUUGCUGAGUAAUCAAUUUCAUUGAUUACUCAGCAAGUCCAGUUGUUUUUUUUUUUUUUUUUUGAUUUACCUAUACUAGAUAUACCAUGACAUGGAUGAAUGAAACCCUUCAUAGUCAAGAAAAAUUAAAGUGUCCCUUUAAAGGACAACCUCUAAGGGCAGAGACACACGGGGAGAUUAGUCACCCGGCGACAAACCUCUUCUUCCGGAGCAUCUAAUCUCACCGAACUGCCUUCCCGCCGGCUAGAAUGAAAAUCACCGGCAGGCUGGCACUCUGAGCUCUUCAGGGGCAGUUCGGAGAAAUUAGUCGCCCCGAAGAAGAAGAGAUAUGUUGCCGGACGUCUAAUCUUCCCGGUUCUGACCGUGUGUCUCUGUGUGGGGGAUGAUGGUUCCUACUACUACAGCCAAACACUGCAUUGUACAAUAUUCCAUGAAAAUACUACAUCACUUUUCCAACAAAUUAAUCUAAACUGACAUUUCCUCGGGCGCAAUUUUGUCUCUUCUUUAUGUUCAAGGCCAAGGUUUGUUACUAACCAUUUUUUAUAGCAACACACACAGCAAGUACAGAAUUAUUUUUGUCAAGCGUUAAAAGUAACAACGUUCAUAGGAUUUUUUUUUUUUUUUAAUUUUUAUUCUUCACCACAAAGCCCAUUUCAUACAUGUUUUUGUGUAUAUAUAUAUAUAUAUAUAUAUAUAUAUAUAUAUAUAUAUAUAUAUAUAUAUAUAUAUAUAUAUAUAUAUAUAUAUAUAUAUUAUAAAUUAUCAGGUGGCGGAUCAGGACGAUAAAUUUAAUUUUACUUCUAGUGCAGCUAAAAAUGAAAAUUAAGGAAAACAAAAUCACAGAAAACUUUAACGAAACGACGUAGCAAAUUUAUUAAGAGAAAUAAAUUAUAUUAACAAAGAUGAAAAUGACCAAGGUAAUGAAACAUUAUAGAAAUAUUUUUAGACGUAGGGAAGACAGGGAGCGAUUUCAGAUGUAAAUAGUGGAAACAGAUUGCUGCGGGACGAGGCAACGGCCGUUUAGGACAGCAGUCUGUUAUUUUGUAUAUUGGAAACAAGAAAUUUUAUGAAAUGUAUGUUAUUUGUUAACAUACCUAGAUGUGUUAAACAACAUAUAAAUUAUGAGAAGUUGCACUUUUGAUACAGAUUUAUAGAUAUUUGGCGGGUUGUAUUAAAGGGCUUGCUUGAAAUAACCUGUUGUGUUGUAAUGAUUUUCCUGUUCUACAGAAUUAAAUGAAAAUGGAAGAAAA